CAACUACACAACCUCUCUCUUGAGUCUCGACUCUCCUCUUCUUUCUCCCCCCGGGCGGGGUGUGUUUGUGUGCCCUGCUUCGCCAUCCGUACGGCGUACUGUCACGCAUCACCGUCAGCGGAUCCCGGUUCGGGGCACCGUCGCGGGAUUCGCCGUCGCCGCCGGGCCUCGAUGAAGAUGAAGCGGAUGAAGAGCGAGGUGAUCAGCGCGACGAUUGAAUCUUACCUGAAAAGGCGUCACUAUCAGGUGCGGUGUCGCGGAGACUCGUCCGGAAGUUUUCAUGCCGCGCGUGGUUCGCCAUGAAUGAGCGUGCGCGCUCAUAACCUCCUACAUCGCUGCUGUUGUUGUUUUUUUCCAGGACCACGACGUUUACCGCAAGGGCGAUCAGUUGUUCUGUCAGAACAGCGAUCAGACGACGUUGAGCGCGACCGCGGAGUGCGGCUCUUCGCAAGAGAAUUCGAUCGUUUUCAGUGCCAUUUCCAUUGACACCGUCGCGGCGAAUCAGGCUUAUCAGCGAGAUGCUACAUACUGGUAAUCGAGAGACUGCUACCGAUUUUCUAAGGACGCAUCAGAAUGAGUUUGUCAGCGAAACGGAGAAGGACUUUUUAGAAGAAUUAUCUAGUGUAUUUUCGGUGCAAGAUAUUGAGUUGAGACCUUUGGUAAAUGCGUUCAGAACUAGAAAGUAUAAAGUAGAUCUGUCUGAGUCGGCUCAUAUUUGCCUGAGACAAUAUCUUACCAAAUACGGACAUAUAAUAUUAAUGCAGAUUAUAAAUACACACAUCACAAUAAUCAGAAAGGCAGACAGUCCUCAAAUGGAUGGAGAAGUACCUGAAGAGAAAAGUCAAAGAUAUGAAGCAAGUAUUAAUGGCCAUAUGGAACAGCCAUCUGGUACCGGUGUGGAUCGUGAAAUGAGAGAAUUGCAGGAAGCUAUACGAUUGAUGCAGAAUAAUGCUCAUCAACCAUUGAGAUUAUUUACGGUGAAGAAUGCUAUAGAAAAUGCAAGUUGCGGUCUUAUCGCACCUAAGAUGGAUAAGUUGGCUGUAGGUUUUAGUACAGCUGAAAUACGCUUGUGGGGUAUAGGUGAAACGGUCCUGGUCAAAACGAAAAAUAAGCAAACGUGUGUUCCGUCUGCCUGUGAUAUAUCACCAUUUUAUAGAUUCAAUGAACAAGAAAACACAGUAAGAAGCGAAGCAGGGGCGAUAAUACUGAGAGGCCACACGGAUGUAGUGCACGAUUUACGAUUUAUCCCAGAGGUAGAUAUUCUCCUUUCUGUAUCAAGCGACAAGGAUAUGAGAGCAUGGAGACUCAAUAACUAUUCAUGUACAGCAAUAUAUAGCGGUCAUAGUUAUCCUAUAUGGUGCAUGGAUACCAGUGUGUUCAAUUUAUAUAUUGCCACAGGUUCACACGACAGAACUGCAAAAUUGUGGUCAUUGGAUAGAACAUUUCCUUUAAGAAUAUUUGCUGGUCACUUCCUAGAUGUCAAUUGCAUAAAAUUUCAUCCAAGCGCAAGAUACUUAGCGACUGGUUCUGCGGACAAAACAAUAAGGCUAUGGUCGAAAGAUGACGGGAAUCUACGGCGAGUGUAUGUUGGAGCGCAAUCGACCAUUUACACCUUAGCUUUUAGUCCAGAUGGCAAAUAUCUGGCAGCUGCGGGCGACGAUAAGUCCAUAUCUAUAUGGGAUUUAGCAACUAAUGGUUUAUUGACUGAAUUGAAAGGCCAUAAAGAUACCGUUAUGAAUGUAGACUGGAGUUUAGAUGGUCAGUACAUCGCCAGUGCAAGCCUAGAUGGAGUCGUACGACUGUGGCCUACUCAAGAUUUCGUCAAAACAUUGAAUGGAGGAUCGUCAAGCGCUUUGGCGCAAUCAGAGGCGCCACAAGUUUAUUCAACAAGUUGCUCAAGCAUUCUCUCAUUGAAUUAUUAUAAGAAAAACAAUUCGUUGAUUUGUAUCGGCACUAAGUAAUCUUCUUUAUUAUUUAUUAUCGUGCUAGUCGAAUAUAAAACGUACUUUAAAAUUAAUUUCUUUUUUUAUUUGAUACUGUAUAGUGACAAUUUUCCGCAAACAUGAGACUGUCUUCGUUAAAUUGAUUUUAUACAUAUGAUCUAAGAUUUGGUCAUGCUAUCCAUGAUAAGUUUUUACAGUAUUUAUAAGAAAUGCAUCAUCUUUCAGUAUAGGCCUGUUCGUUUUCGCUGCACUUCUGAACGAGGGCAAUGAGUUAGAAUAAAAGAAAAUAUAUUUGUUUCAUUUUGACUUGUUGCACUAGUUCAGAAGUGCAGCGAAAACGGACAGGCCUUAUGUUGCAUAUAACUAAAUUCAUAUUACUAUACUUAUUGAUUUAUUGUACCUUAAUUUCAUUUUGAUUAUUUUUAACGCUUUUAUCACCAAAGGUACAUUCGUUUCUCAUUCAUAUCGAUUAAACCCAGUGAAGAUUUUUUAUUUUUCAGUUAUGUUUAUCAUCAAUUCACUUUAGUAUUCAAUGUCGUUUAUCUCAUGAGAUUAAAUAUGUCGCUUGUCAAGUUUACCGCAAAGUGCAACGGAAAAUUUUAAGUUUGCAAUGAGAAAGAGAAUAUAUGAAUUUAGUAAUUUUCAAUGAGAGAAAUUAUCAGACAUUUAUGUAUGUGUAACUGUGUACGUAAGUUUCCUGUGGGAAUAUUGUCUAAGAAGAUUUAUUGACAAUUUUCUGUCUUGUUAUAAAGACUUUGUAAGUUGUGAAUAAUGUUAAAAAGUAGCCAAAAAAUACAAAUUUUUUU